AUGACCACCAAAGCAAAGGCCUUCCAAGCGCUCAAACAAUUCUCUAGCUGCGAUAUUGGCGACGCGCUUGUCAAACUUCGCUAUCCCUAUGGAGGCUUCCUUGAUGGCCUGCGCAUGCGCUCACCGGCGCUGCGCCCGGACUCACCCUCACCACUUCGCAUCUACGGGCCGGCCAUAACCGUCAAAAUGAUCGAAACGAACAAACCUGGACCAACUCCCGACUUGCAUUUCGUCGAUGCCAAUAAACCUGGCCAUGUCAUGUACAUCCAACAACCGAAGGGACUUUAUUCUGCCUGCUGGGGUGGGCUCAUGUCUACACGCGCAAAAGCCACUGGCGCGCUUGGCGUCGUUAUUGAUGGACGCAUGAGAGAUGUGCGGGAGCAUUGGGACCUGGGCUUUCCUGUAUUCUCACGCGAUACGUCCAUUCUUGGGUCCGGGGGCUUUACACGGGCGUCCGAGAUCGAUGUCCCGCUCCAAUUCAAGGAGGAUCUAUGGAUUAAUCCUGGGGACGUGAUUGUUGGGGACGAAGAUGGAGUGGUUGUUGUCCCGCCUUCACUCUGCGAGCAGGUUGUUGAGUUGUGCCGGGAGCGAUGGGAAAUAGAUGAGAGGACCGUCCAGGCUUUGAAGACAGGCGAGCUUAUGGGGCCCACUAUCAAGAGGUUGAGGAAGUAG